AUGGCAUCCGCAUCGGUCAAGUCGCCGUUGAUUACGGCCUCACCCGCCGCCGCGCACGGCCACAACGCCGUGGUUAGCAGUCGAAGCAACAACAACAUCGGCAGCUACUUGUCCUCUCAAUACGCCAGCGACUACACUUCGCAAAAUGUCGGCGGAGAGCGCACACUGCUCAACACAAUCGCCAACUCCCACGUCCCUCCGAAUGCUCGUGUCGCCGGUGCAGCUGCGAUACCAGCAAAGCCACACACCUCCACGCCCUACACGUACGCUGACAACAACGAGCUGGGUGCAAAAGGCAACAGCAACGUUCACAACACCCACGAUCCCGAGCGUGAUCGGGAUCCGAUGCCAUACAUAACUGCUGGUCAGCGCCCGGGUGCGUCCACAUCUGUGACAGUUGCACCUGGUGGUGGUCGCUUCACCGAGGACUGGGAUGCGGCCCAACGAGGAAGCUCACUUGUGGAAAUUGCGCCCUCGGCAGGCGGUGGUGGCGGUGGAAGCGGCAGCGGCAGCGGGAGCAUCGACGGCGGCAGCACGCUGCCGCCGACACGGACUAACACGCUCAAGAAGAAGUCGUCCGUACGCCGGAGCGUCAGUUUGCACCGCAGUAGCAGCCGUCGGAGUAUUUUGGCUGGCAGCGUGCGCAGCUUGGCGCUGCAGAGCCACAGCGAUCUCGAUGAGUCUCGCAGUGCCUUCUUCUGCCCUGUCCCCACUAAAGGCAACCCGACAGACACGCUGGCGAACCGGUUUCAAGCUUGGAGAAAAAUCCUCAAAGACCUCAUCUCCUACCACCGCGAGAUCCACAACCAUUACGAACAGCGCGCAAAAUCAGUCCAGAAGUUGUCAGUCUCGCUAAACGCCGCAGCGCUACCGCCCGGGUUUAUCGUCAGCGGUGGCCUGGACGAUGCCACCCAGGUACUGCGCAACUUUCACAAGCAGGCUGUAGUGGAAGCUACAAAAGCGCGUGAGAUCGAAGACGACGUCAUUUUAGCACUAACAGGUCUGCGAAGCGAUCUCAACCAAAAGAUCAAAGAGAUUAAAAACAUCUCGGGCGACUUCCGCAAUUCCGUCAACAAAGAGAUGGACGCCACCAAGAAGGCCGUCAAGAAUCUGCAGGAUGUCAUAGGGCAAGCGGAGCUAGACUCCUCACUGACUACUGGCCGCCAAGAUCCGUAUCUCCUACGCUUAGCCGUUGACCGCCAGCUCGAGCGCCAGUUGCAGGAAGAAAACUACCUCCAUCAGGCGUUUUUGAACCUCGAGAAAUCUGGGCGUGAGCUAGAGGCCAUUGUCGUCGGCGAGAUUCAAAAGUCCUACAACGCUUAUGCGGGUAUCCUGAAACGGGAGGCCGGUGCCGCAUGGGCGACAGUUGAUGAGCUGCGAUCAGGGCCCGUGGCGAUGCCAAAGGACCAGGAGUGGAUGUCAUUUAUCCGCGGCAACGACGAAUUUGUGGAUCCAGAAACACCCAUACGGUCGAUCCAGCAAAUUUAUUACCCCGGUCAAAACCACGAUUCCUGUCAAGAGAUCCGGGCCGGCCUGCUUGAGCGCAAGAGCAAGUACCUCAAGAGCUAUACGGCGGGGUGGUAUGUUCUCUCGCCGACACACCUUCACGAGUUCAAGUCGGCAGAUAAAAUGCAGGCGCCGGUGAUGUCUUUGUACCUACCAGAACAAAAGCUCGGAUCACACUCGGUUGAGGCCGCCAAAUCCAGCAAGUUUGUGCUUAAAGGGCGACAGACCGGAUCCAUGCACCGUGGUCACACGUGGGUUUUCCGCGCUGAGAGUUACGAUACCAUGAUGGCCUGGUAUGAAGAUAUCAAGGCCCUGACCGAGAAGACACCUCAGGAACGCAACGAGUAUGCCCAUGCACGUGGACUGCAACAUUCGAGAAGUGUUAGCCGUGCAUCACAAUACACAUACAGCAGCGACGGCUAUGUCAAUGAGGAUGACGACGAUGACGAGCCGUUUGCUAACGGCUCGCGGGCUGCCGUGACAGGCGCCUCUCUCCGAGAUAAUGUCGAGGAUGUCUCUUCCGGCUUCACCGCUGCAGGCCCUCAGGCUUAUGCUACCGGCGCCUUUCAACAAGAUCAACAAAUGCAGCGCCUUCCGCCGCCAUCCGGACGCCGACCGUCUCCCGGUGGAAGAUUUCCCUCUGACUUGCAAGUAAACGCACAACGAGGCUUGGAGCUUCAGGCCUCUGGGGUCAUACCACUCUCGCCUACCAGCGCCACCGGAUCCGGAAUCUCGGGCUCAGGGUCAGAGCACGUGGCUAUUACUGCCGCGGGCCAACUGCCACGCAAAAAUCAACAGCAGUAUGUUCCAUGUGAAAGUGUAAACAGUCAGACGAUGUCAAAUGGUAUCGCCCAACGACGGCCGGAGGACACCUAUCAAGUGAACGGCUAUGGUGCAGCUGAUCCCCAAUUUCAUCACGGACCGUCAUCCCCAUCCAGACCCGUCACAGCUGUUAUGGGUUCCUCCGUCAACGGCGCAACUAUUCCUAGCUAUGCAUCUGGAAGCAUGUUUACCACUAGCAGUCCAUAUACCGGCCCAGAGGCGGGCAUCCACAGUUAUUUUGGACAGCCAUCGAUGUCACAGAGCCGUGAAGAUGUACAGCUGCUGCCUUCCGGGGUUCAAGAUGCGGAGACAAUGUCAAGCCGACGGCAGCCUACGGCUGCUGUGUCAGACAAUAUUGAGACAGCAACAACUACCACUAACUCGGGAGUCUCUAUUGGACAGGUCACUGGUGGCAACGACACUAAGAAACCAAGCGUACUGUCACGCCAGGAGAGUGAGGCUGGGACCAUUUCUAAUUUCCAUAUUCCUGGAGGAUAUCCACGGGCAUCGACGACGGGAUCCAAUUAG